AGAAACGAGGGGAGGAACGAGUGGCCGUCUGUGCUGUCAAGCCCAAUGAUGGAAGUGACCAGCCGGUGACCGGAGUCGUAACAUUCCGCCAGAAACAUGGCCAGUACAUAACCAUCGAAGUGCAUCUGGAAGGAUUCAAAUCCCUACCUUCCACGGCCAAUGACACGGAGUACCUGCAUGGGUUUCAUGUUCACGCGACCGGAAACCUAACUGCGGGAUGCGAUUCCACAGGUGGCCACUACAACCCAAGGAACACAAAUCACGGAGGUCCCAGUGACGCAGUCAGACACGCUGGCGACUUCGGCAAUCUUCGUCAAUCUCCGGAUGGACGAGUUGACAAAACCUUCACAGACCCAGUAGCUACCUUGUUUGGGUCGUACUCCAUAAUCGGUAGAGGUUUGGUGGUCCAUUCUGGGGAAGAUGACCUUGGCAAAGGUGGUAACGCCAACAGUCUGAUCAAUGGCAACGCUGGAAAACGCCUGGGUUGUUGUGUGAUUGGUUCCGCCUGA